CUCUGUGAUUAUAACUCUCGGAGCUGCGAUGUAGAACUGUUCUCCAUAGAUCGCUGAGUCUAUACAGCCUUUUACGCGUGUAUGUUCACAUACAUGCCCAUGUGUGAAUGACGUGAACCACGUGACAUUACCCGCGCACCAAGCGUACUCUGGAUUGAUUGAUUGGUAUUCUCCUUUCACGUGACAAUACUCGUGGUAAAAAGUGACUAACACAGUUUGGUGGCAGUCAGCACGUCGAUGCAUGUUCAUUAUACAUUUAGUAGCUUCAGGAUGAACAUCGACUGACAAAACGUCCAACAAAAAUGUUUUCGAAGAAACAUUUUGUGUAUCUGAUACUUCUCAGUGUUGGAUGUUUGUUUGUAAUCGUCAUCAAUGUUAGCUGGCCAUCUACACUGCUCUUUAAGAGGCUCCACAAUUAUCCAAAUGUCUCCAGCAACAUAAUCAGCAAUAGAGACCUCCAUGACAGAGCAGAAAAGUACAAACAUAUAAGCGGAGAGAGGUGGAUUGUUCUCACGACGAUCUCCUACCCAACUCCUGAUGUCAAGUUCCUAGCCAACAUAACUGGUUGGAAAGUGGUUGUGGUUGGCGAUAAAAAGACACCUAGAGAUUGGGAAUUCCCCAACUGCAUAUAUUUAAGUUUAGAGGGUCAACAGAAAUUGCCUUUUGAGACUGUGGGUUAUCUUCCUCUAAACAGCUACGCAAGAAAAACUGCAGGAUAUCUGUAUGCAAUUUCUCAAGGGGCGCGAAUAGUAUACGAGACUGAUGAUGACAAUCGACCACAAGACUUACUUAACAAUUUCGUCCAAGAAAGAACAAUGUGGGGACUGAUAUAUAAAGGAGGACCAUUUUUCAAUCCAUACCGACAUUUUGGACAACCAACAUUGUGGCCAAGAGGCUACCCUCUUAGCUCUGUUGGAGAGAAUGUCUCCACGGAAUAUGUACUGAAUCACUGGAAAACCCCAUCUAUUCAACAGGGUGUGGUCAAUGGUGACCCAGAUAUGGAUGCCAUUUUCAGAUUAACCCGAAAACAAACCCAUUCUCAACUAAAUGUGACCUUUGAUGACCGGGCUCCACCAGCAAUUGUCCCAGCUGGGGUGUUCUCACCCUUUAAUUCCCAGAAUACCCUUUUCCUGUAUGAUGCAUUAUGGGCACUACUGAUUCCAACUACAACAACGUUCCGAGUGUCUGACAUCUGGAGAGGCUACUGGGCUCAGAGGCUUCUGUGGGAGAUGGGAGGAAACCUGGGAUUCUUUCCACCAAAUGCCUUUCAGAAAAGGAAUUCCCAUUCCUACCUCGGGGAUGCUGUAAAUGAAAAGGAUUUGUAUUUCCAAACAGAACGUCUUGUAGAUUUUCUUCGCAUGUGGACAUGUGAACCAGAUAAGACAUUCUUUGCCUGUGUUACUAAGCUGUCAAUAGAUAUGGCACAUGAGAACUUUUGGAAGGCAGCUGAUGCUGACCUGACUUCUCUCUGGAUCAAGGACCUCAAAGCUCUGGGAUACAAAGAACCAGAACGAAUUCCAUUUGGUUUGCUUCAAAACGGUGUUCAAGUCACGAUAGAUUCAAAGUUGCCAAACCAAAGACGCCUGACAAAUCAACAGGUCAGUCUCACUUUCUGGGCAGCUGAACAGACACCACCUUUAAUAUAUUCCACAGAUAAAGUAUCACCUGAAGGUGUGUCACACAUUAGUCAAAUAGCUUCAUAUUGUGGCAAUCAUUCGUUUAGCACGUUAGAUCUGAAUGCUUUCAAAAGAACCAUAACAUAUCCUAAUCUCUUAUUAAUUGUAGUCUUCAACUUCCCUCACUAUGAGAACCUCGCGUUUCUUGAGACAAUGUACAGCUUUCACUUCCCACACAUUGUCUAUUGUGGAACCAACAAAGAUCAAUUUCAAAACUACACUAAGCUUCUACUCAAGAAUGUGACCUUUAUUGAGGUUGAUAUUGGUGGUGGAUGGUUUGCCCAGAACUGUCUGAUUCAAGCCAUGAAAAUGCAGUAUACUGUUGAUGGAUAUUUGUACAUUGGUGACGACGUCCUGCUUAAUAUUUGGAACAUUCCUAUCCUUCCUUUAGACAGACUCUGGCUUUUUAACUCUUCGGUUUUGCAACCGUCUGACAAAACGAAUUGGAUGUGGUUUUCAAAUCCUAAAGUUGGUUUAAAAACCUACCAGGCUGCUCUUGCAGCUUUGAAAUUGUUAGAUGCACAUAAAUAUAAGAUUUUCAAACAAAUGAUUUCGAGAAAUUCAGGAAAGAAUGAUUCACUAUUUUUUGGUGGCGCAGACAUUGCUUAUGUUCCUAAUAAAUACAAAGAUGAUGUCCUGUUUUUCAUGGAACAUUUUUCAAAAUUCAAUCUAUUUGUUGAGAUAAUAUUCCACACAGUGUUUGGAGGUACUGAGAAGUGGGAUAAUGUGUUCAGAAUGCCGGGAACGUAUUUAUGGUCUGCUGGGGAAAGGGACCAUAUAGAAAAAUAUUACAACAAGAAUGACGUUUUUCUUCACCCUGUUAAAAUAUCUAAAUUAAUUUCUGUGCCCAAAGGAAGAAGGUUUUUCUGUGAAAACUUCCUGCCUCUAACGUUAUAUACUGAACCGCAAAAGAAACAUCACACCUAGUAACAUUGCAUGGAAAGUUGUCAUUUAAAUAUCUGGGUAAUUUUGGUCAAAGUUUUUAAAAUUCAACAU